UUAAUAAGGUUAUCUCUUUGUUUUAUUCAACCAUACUUUGGAAAAAAAGAAAAAGUUAAGGCAACAUUGGUUUUAUUCAUCCGUUUGUCUGCAAUUUCGUUGUGUUCAAGAAUGCCUUAAUUAGUGUCAUCAGCUGAAGCUGUCCCCUUCUCAUAUUCAUGAGAUCUUCAUUUCUUUUGCAAUUCAUAAAUCCAAACUAAGCCAAUUGAGUUUAAUUCACCAGCUUUUUAGACCAUUUUCACAUGUUACUAUGUGUGUUUAAUUAUUUAUUCAGAGCUGUUCGUUAUUUCUGUUUAAAACCAUAGUCAGCAGUUUUCUGUUAAUUGAAUCAGAGCAGAUCUCUCUGUUUCUUGGACAUGCUUAAAAAUGGAGGGAAAACGAAAUAUCUCCGAUUACAGAAACAGGCUGGACAAGACGUUAUCAUCUCCCGAUUUGACGAACGAUGAAACCCUUCGAACCCUUGUCAAGAAUCAAAUCUUGCUGUCAUCCUCCGGUUCUCAUUUCGAAGGAUGCAUCGAAAAUGUGGUGGAAAGAAGAAGUAAGGAGGUUUCGAAUUUUCUUACAAUGUUGAGGAGUGCCUCGGUGGACGACGGUGCCUGGAAAUUAAAACAAGACACCGAUGAAUUCCGAGUUAUGUAUCGAGAAGGUCACGAAGGCAGCCCGUUUCACACACUUCUUGUUGAAGGCUAUGUCGAUGGACCAGUAGAUGUUUGUCUAUGUAUUUCAUGGGAAUCGGUACUCUAUAGCAAAUGGUGGCCUCAAAGUGCAGUUCCGACUUUUAAAAUCGUUUCGUCGCAGUGUUUGCAAAGACUUCGAACCGGUGAACAGAUAUCUUUAGUAAGGAUGAAGGUUUCGUGGCCGUUAUCAGGCAGAGAGGCUCUAAUACAUUAUUUUGCGUUCGAUUACUUCCAAGAUGAUCUUGUGGUGGUACUCCUUAACUCGAUUCCCGAUUCUGAUAUGAUCGAUAGAAGUAGUCAUGGAUUCACUAGAGAAGGGAUACCAAAUGCAGAGGAAGUUGUAAGAAUAGAUGUUGUGGGAGGGUUUGCUUUACAGAAAGUUACUGCAAAUCGGAGCUAUUUUCGGACGAUAGCAAAUAUGGAUAUUAAAUUAGAUUUUGUGCCUCCUGCAUUUAUCAAUUUUAUCUCGAGGCAGUUAAUAGGUAGCGGCUUCAAGCUCUACAAAAAGGAAAUUGCUUCUGUUUGUGAAGGCGAUGAAAAAUUCCGCGAGGCAUUAAUGGAUCCACUUUAUGUUCGUACACGUGGGGCCCUUUACACCGAGGCUCGUGAUAUUGAAAAUCUGGAAAAACGUAAAUCGAUCACUAUGCAUGAAAACCAAAGUGGAGUUGUAUUAUUUGAAGACAACAACAACAACAACAACGGUGAUGAAAAUAUCGGUAGUGUUAAUGACGAAUGUGUUACUGAUGAUUCGGAACAUCAAAACAAGAUAAAUGAAAUCGAGGAGCUUGAAGAAGACGAAAGUACGAAAUCAUCGGAUUUUCAGAAAAAACAAUUUGAUGAAAAGUUUAAUAACGAUGGUAAUAAGGCUCGUAUUCGACCAGAGGUGGGACGGGCAUUGGAUACGUUGGAAAAAAUCAUUUCUGUAUAUAGGGAGGAUGCUUCUAUUGGGAAGAAAAUAAAUUUAAAUAAUUUAGAGAACGAAGAAAUAAUUUCGUCGGAAGUAGGUGAUAAUCAAGUGAGUCGAGAGAAUGAAAAAUGUGGCGAAGCUUCCGGAAUGGAAUCAAAAGAACUGAGUCAUGCUUCCAGGGAGAAAGGGUUGGCUUCUUGCACAAAGGAAACAAGACAAAUCAAGAUUGUGCCUGCAUCAGUUGUGGAUGAAGCACCAUAUAAAUCUGCUGAUGCAAUUAAUACUAAUGGGAAUAUUAUGGCAACUAAUAGUAAAAAGAAAAAACAUAGGUUUUGUUGUUUGCAUUUACAUUUGUUUUCUGACCAAUAACAAAGUUAAUGUAAGAUGUUAUGGCCUUUUUCUUACAGUUUAUCAUUUCGAAAAUAGUACAGUACAAGGUUGUAAUAUUA